UUUCUGCUCGACGAACGAAGAAUUGUUUGAAAAAUUCUCCUGCUUUUAAUUCAAAAUGUUUGAGGGAAAACUAACUCAAGGAAGUCUCCUSAAGAAAAUCAUUGAAGCCAUUAAAGACAUYGUCGGUUCUGGCAAUUGGGAAUGUUCUGAUAAYGGCAUGGCACUGCAAGCAAUGGACAGUAGUCACGUUUGUCUUGUGUCAUUAGAUCUCAAGAGAGAUGCMUUUGAACCCUACAGAUGCGACCGCAACAUCACACUUGGAUUAGAAACUACUAUGGUAUCGAAAAUUGUCAAAUGUGCAGGAAAUGAUGAUACAAUAACAAUUUCAGCUGAAGAUAAUGGAGAUGCUGUCACUUUCCUAUUUGAAAGUCCAAAUGGAGAAAAAACAUCAACUUACACAACAAAAAUGAUGGAUAUUGACCAAGAUAACCUGGGAAUUCCUGAACAAAAGUAUGACGCUCUGGUCAAAAUGCCUUCGCAUGAAUUUCAGCGAAUUAUCAGAGAUUUAUCUCAAAUGGGUGAUUCAGUAAUUAUUGCUUGCACAAAAGAUGGCGUCAGCUUCUCUGUUACUGGAGACAAUGGYAGUGGAAAAAUCUUAUUACGACAGAAUGCAAGCGUUGAUAAAAGCGGUGAACAGGUCUCUAUUGAUCUCCAGGAGCCAGUCAGUCUGACAUUUGCCCUUCGAUACCUGGGUCAGUUCACCAAGGCCACACCACUAUCAAGCAGCGUUUCUUUAUCACUGAAAAAAGACAUUCCUCUUGUUGUUGAAUACUCAUUUGAAGAUGUUGGUGAAAUCAAAUAUUACCUUGCACCAAAGGUUGAUGAAGAGGAGAUGGCAGCUGACGAGUAGAUGUACCAAGAUUUGUAUUUAAAACUUUAAAGUAUAUGGAUGCACAUUAAUGUUUAUUCAUCCAGUAUGUCACACAUUGCUUGUAAAUACAUAACAAUGUUAAAUUGGUGGAAAGAUGAUUAAAGCAGGAGAAGUUUUUUA